GUAAAGUUCACGAUGCUUUGGCGGUGCUUUAUCUGCUGCGUUUUUAUUUCUUUUUCAUUGAAACUGUUAUUGAGCCAUAUCAAUCGACAGCACAGUCGCAGCCCUGAUUUCAGGUUGCUCUGUGGUAUUGACGGAUGCACCGAGGAAUAUCGAGUGUACAACUCCUUCUACCAUCAUGUAAAGAGAAGACACUCUCAACAUCUUCAUGAAGGCACCAGACCAGAUGACGGCAUCCAAGCAGGUGAACAUCCGCUGGAGGAAAGCCAAGUACUGCCACAACAAGACAACAUUCAACCCGAUCAGCUUAUAGCCAACUCCAGCAUCACUGAUCACCAACUCCAUACACAUGACUCAGAUGAAGGGCAAAUGGGCGUUAACCAAGAUGGAGCUGUCACAGUGCAACAAGAUUUGACAACACGUGCCACUGCCUUUGUGAUAAAUGCCCGAGCCAAGCAUCGUCUCUCACAGAAAGGCAUGAAUGACAUUGUUGCUGGGGUACAGCAGUAUCAGUCAUCACUACUGGACAACCUCAGGAAGCAGAUGGAGGGAGUGAUAAAGAAGCAUUCAGGAAGCCCAUCAGUGUACUUCCUGUCUGGCCUGCAGUCACCAGGACGUACGCCGAGCUGAGGCUCGGACACGACGGCCAGAUGCAGGUCGGCGCUUCCAGAGAGCAGCUGACGUCCUGUUGUGCAUCUGUUGGUCAUGUGACAUCGUAGCUGAGUUCAGUGAGUUGUUGAUGUUGGUUAUUACAGCUUUAUUACACACUACCCGUCAACACUUUUAGAACACCUCAAUUCUCCCAGUUUUUUAUUGAGAUGUGAGCAGUUUAAGUAAAAAGUUUUGGUUACCAAAAACUGAAAAAUAAUGUACAUUUGAGAGUUCUACAAAAAGGCCUUUUUCUGAUAACAAGUAAUGAGUUAAUAACUUGCAGCUGUUCUGCAAGUUCAGGAAGUAAAUUAAACUUUGAAAGUUGAUGCUAA